AUGGAUACAAAAGCAAGACUAUAUCAUUGUGACGUUUGUUCUACAGAUUGUACUAAUCGUACUCGAGUGAAAUGUGCCAUUUGUAAUGAUUAUGAUUUAUGUGUUCCAUGUUUUAGUAGUGGAUUAACUACUGGAGAUCAUAAAAGUUGGCAUGAUUAUCAAAUUAUAGAACAACAUACUUAUCCUAUUUUUGAAAAAGAUUGGGGUGCUGAUGAAGAAUUAUUAUUAAUCCAAGGUUGUGAAACUUUUGGAUUAGGUAAUUGGCAAGAUAUUGCUGAUCAUAUCGGUAAUCGAUCUAAAGAUGAAGUUGCAAAACAUUAUUUUGAAAUUUAUUUAAAUAAAGAAACUUAUCCUUUACCUGAUAUGAAUAAAGAUUUUUCAAAUAUAACUCCCUUGGAAUUUUUAGAACAACGGAAAAAGAGAUUAGAAAUUAGAAAAAAUAGUCCUUUACCUCCACCAAAAUCAAAACCAGUUGCUUCAGUUCCAUUAUGUCAUGAAAUUCAAGGUUAUAUGCCAGGUAGAUUAGAAUUUGAUCAUGAAGCUGAAAAUGAAGCUGAAAUCCCGGUUAAGGAUCUUAUAUUUGAUCCUGAUGAUUCCAAAAAUGAUAUUGAAUUAAAAUUAACUAUUUUGGAUAUUUAUAAUUCAAGAUUAACUACUAGAUCAGAAAGGAAAAGAGUUUUAAUUUUAAAUAAUUUAUUAGAAUAUCGAAAAAAUAUUAGUUUAGAUAAACGAAAAUCAAAAGAAGAAAAAGAUUUAUUAAGAAAAAUAAAUUUAUUUAUCCGAAUUUUAACUCCAGAAGAUUUUAAUUCAUUCACAAGAGAUUUUUUAAAUGAAUUAAGAUGUCGAAUUAGAAUUCAACAAUUACAAAAUUGGAGAAAAAAUGGUAUAGUAACCAUUGAAGAUGGGAAUAAAUUUGAAAAAGAUAAAUUAAUUAGAUCUGCUCAUUAUCAAAGAAUGGGUAAUGGUUCUUUAAAUGCAAGACAUUCAUCUCAAACUCCUGGUUUAAUGAAUGGUAAUAAUAACAAUAAUGGAAGUAUUAAUGGUAGUGGACUUAUAAAUGGUGGAGGUAUAAGAAAACCUUAUUCAUCAUCAGCAAAUUCUCCUCAACCAGAAUAUAAACCAAAAUUAGGUAAUGCUAGAGCUCCAUUAGAUAUAUCUCAUGCUGUUGAUUUUGAUUUAUUAUCAAAUGAAGAAAAACAAUUAUGUGCCACAUUAAGAAUUUUACCAAAACCUUAUUUAGCCAUUAAAAAUCAAUUAAUGAAAGAAGCUGUCAAAAAUAAUGGAGUAUUAAAGAAAAAAGAUGCUAGACAAGCUUUAAAAAUAGAUGUUAAUAAAGCCAGUAAAAUUUAUGAAUUUUUUGUACAAAUGGGUUGGUGUUCUCAAGGUUAA